AUGUGUCCCGUGACAAGUAUUGAUGCAAUUGACGACGAACCCGGAAUAGCUACAGUCGAGAUAUGGGUCAUUUCAGGAGUAUACGCUGCCAAUGCUACAGCGUUUGUUGGCUUUGGUGGAUGUUCAUUGACUGAAGAGACUGAAUGGUCGGAAAUCGAUCCAAUUGAAGUGUUGCUACGUCGACUCAGUAAGGAAAUCAAUUGCGGAUUUGAUCCUUUUGAGCAAGCAGAUUUAUGA